GACGGGCGGGCGGGCGCGCGCGGCAGAUGGGCCGCGCCCGGGGGGGGCCCUCGGCGGCGGCGGCGGCGGCGGGGGACGGCCGGUGCAGCAUGACAGCGGGAGCUGCAGGAGGCUGUGAGGGCUGCUGAAGAUGUCCGAUAGCCUGGAUGUUGAAGAGAAACCUCCAGCCCCACCGUUGAGAAUGAACAGCAACAAUCGCGAUUCUUCAGCACUAAACCACAGUUCAAAACCGCUCCCCAUGGCCCCUGAGGAGAAGAACAAGAAAGCCAGGCUUCGCUCCAUCUUCCCAGGAGGAGGGGAUAAAACCAACAAGAAGAAAGAAAAAGAACGUCCUGAGAUCUCUCUUCCUUCAGACUUUGAACAUACCAUUCAUGUGGGAUUUGAUGCCGUCACUGGAGAAUUCACAGGCAUUCCAGAGCAAUGGGCCAGGCUACUACAGACCUCCAACAUAACAAAACUGGAGCAGAAGAAGAACCCACAAGCUGUUCUAGAUGUUCUCAAAUUUUAUGAUUCCAAAGAAACAGUUAACAACCAGAAAUACAUGAGCUUUACGUCAGGAGAUAAAAGCGCCCAUGGAUACAUAGAAGCCCAUCCUUCGAGCACAAAAACAGCAUCAGAACCCCCGCUAGCUCCCUCUGUUUCUGAAGAAGAGGAUGAAGAUGAUGAAGAGGAGGAAGAUGACAAUGAACCUCCACCUGUUAUUGCACCACGGCCUGAACAUACAAAAUCAAUCUACACACGUUCUGUAAUUGAACCGGCCGCUGCACCAGCACCAGCUAAAGAAGCCACCACUCCCCAGCCUGAAAACUCAAACACAAACACUUUGUACAGAAACACAGACCGGCAGCGAAAAAAAUCCAAGAUGACAGAUGAGGAGAUCCUAGAGAAAUUGAGGAGCAUUGUGAGUGUGGGAGAUCCUAAGAAGAAAUACACUCGAUUUGAAAAAAUUGGCCAAGGGGCAUCAGGAACUGUGUAUACAGCAAUCGACAUUGCCACAGGACAAGAGGUGGCCAUAAAGCAAAUGAAUCUCCAACAGCAGCCCAAAAAGGAACUAAUUAUUAAUGAAAUCCUGGUCAUGAGGGAAAAUAAGAACCCCAACAUUGUUAACUAUUUAGACAGCUACCUAGUCGGUGAUGAACUCUGGGUGGUUAUGGAAUACUUGGCUGGAGGCUCUUUAACUGAUGUUGUUACAGAGACCUGUAUGGAUGAAGGACAGAUAGCAGCUGUCUGUAGGGAGUGCCUGCAAGCACUGGAUUUCCUUCAUUCAAACCAAGUGAUUCACAGAGACAUCAAAAGCGACAAUAUUCUUCUCGGAAUGGAUGGAUCUGUCAAAUUGACUGAUUUUGGCUUCUGUGCUCAGAUCACUCCUGAGCAGAGUAAACGGAGCACAAUGGUCGGGACUCCUUACUGGAUGGCACCAGAAGUGGUGACAAGAAAAGCAUACGGCCCCAAAGUGGACAUCUGGUCACUUGGGAUCAUGGCAAUAGAAAUGGUGGAAGGAGAACCUCCUUACCUUAAUGAAAAUCCUCUCAGGGCGCUGUAUCUGAUAGCUACGAAUGGGACACCAGAGCUGCAAAACCCCGAGCGACUGUCCGCUGUGUUUCGCGACUUUCUGAACUGCUGCCUGGAGAUGGAUGUGGACAGGCGAGGGUCUGCCAAGGAACUUCUGCAGCAUCCAUUUUUAAAAUUAGCCAAGCCUCUCUCCAGCCUGACUCCUCUGAUCAUUGCAGCAAAGGAAGCGAUUAAGAACAGCAGCCGCUAGUGCUUCAGGCCGACUUUCUCCCAUGCCAGCUCAGAGAAGGACUGAGAACAAAAACUCUAUAAAACCUCAACUCUUGUGCUGCAGGACAGAUGGAUGGAUGAACAAACCAACGGUCACAGUCAUGGUGGUAGGAGGGAGAACAACCCAGUCCCUCAAAGAGUAAAAAAUUAUCAUUUGUCUUCUUCCUGCUUUCUGGCUCCUUAAUUUAUUUUUGAGAUGAAACAGGGCUUAAGACAGAGAGGUAAUGACCGAAAAUGCUUUGCUGCCUCAGCCAUUUCCAAGGUAAAGCAAAUUCAGUUGGAAGAUUCCCUUCCUUCUCACCCUGUGAAUAAGCUGUACAUUCACUUUUAAAUUGUCAGUUGUUUCUUAAAGAUGGGAGGUCCCUUUUGUGGGGGGUUGGGGUUUUUUGGGGUAUGGUUUGGAAUUGGAGAAGGGUCUCCAUUCAUAAACUCCGGACUGCACUGCCUUUCAAAUACAGCCCACUCACUGGUAUUUGCCGAGUCACGGUACAUCUAGAUGAGGAAGAAAGUGAAAUUGCAUCUCCAACCAAAAGGAAUCAAGAGUGGGACAGAGACAGAACAGCCUGUUGAGAUACAGGCUUUCAACUGUGAAUAUAUAGUGGUUUGGUUCUUGACAAUUUGAUUUGUAUACCUAAUUGUAAUCUGUUUGCCUGGAUGAGAGUCUUACUGAAAUGAAAAAGCAGAAAGAUCAGUCAGUCACUCAGAAAGGGCUUGUCUGAUGCAAAGCUGUAAGAGAAAUGUGAGGUGAGAGCGGGCCCAGCCUUGCCUGGUGCUGAGCCCCAGCGGACCCCUUGAGAGCACAGAGCGGCCUCAGCAUCUGCAGACCCAGGCUGGAAGAAGGCUCCUGUAGCAGCCAGCAGCAGCAGACCGGCACUGGGUGCUUGCCUCUUCCUGGCACCGGACCAGUCAUCCCACAUCAGAGCCAAACUGGCACUGGGCUGCUCCCGAGGUGUAUCGUAGCCAUGCUGUGAAAUGCGAGGAAUGGUGGGAUUAGCCAUCUUGAGUCUGUGCAGGGGUAGAGAAGGGCAAAACAGAGCUGAGUGGUGUUGUCACUUCUGAGGGUGCUUACUCUCCUGGUCGUCCUGUAGCUCCAGGGAAAGGUUAGUAGUGUCUGCGCCACUCUCGGCAGAGGGGGAGGGAGCCAGGCUGUGCUUUAGGCACACGAGUUCUGCUGUGGAAACUGAGGCCGAGGUGAGGGAGUGACAGCUUCUGCAGUUUAGAUAUGCACGAGCCAGUGCACCAGACAGCUCUGGAAGAAAGCUGUCUUUAAUGUUGGAACUCCACUGGAACUCCAUUAGAUAUUGGAGUUUUGCACUGAGCAAGAGCAAACGUGAAAUGCAGAAUGGGUUGCAGAAAUAUACAGAGACAUCAAGCCAGCCUGCUUUCUGCUGUCCUGCGCACAGCAAGCACUGCUGAAUGCAGCUCUGAGUUGCUGGGAGAGAGGGAGUCCUGGAUGUGACUGAGGAUUGUGCUCGACUAGUCAACUGGUUUGUAAGGGAGCAGAAUAGUUUUAAGUAUGCAAUUUGUGUUCUAUUUAUUCAUUUCUGAAAGAAAGAUGCAACGUGGCUUCACUCAGAAAAAACAUUCACGUGGAAUAUUUAUUGCUGUAUUUUAGUAGUACAACUAAUCAAAGAACUUCAAAACAGCAAUUGAAGCAACACCUGCCCAGUGAGGGCGGGGGAAAGAAAGAGUAAAACAGCUUUCUGUGGUAGAUGUUUAGGCCCGGUCCUGCAAAGGGGCAGGUAGCCUUUAACGUACUAACCAGCUUCGUGUUUUGCCAGUAGGAAUGAAGGAUGCUUGGGCUGUUCUUGAAUAAGGCCAUUAGCUUGUUUGACUUUGGCUUCUUACUUAGUUACAGUCUUUGUGUUGCAACUGUAGUUAAUGCUGCCCGCUAACCUACCCUCGCUUGCUCUGUCCCUCCCAGUGUCCUUGGCCGAGGCAACAGACGGAGGCAAUGCUCGUUGAGUUACCACAGCUAAGUAUGAAUUAACCUUUCCUGGUUUCCUGGGGAGUACAACAGGUCUGAUUUUCAGAUGCCCAAAUAACAAAAUAUUCUGUUUCUUUUGGAAGGUCCCAUUUUUCUCUUGUCAGCUCAAGCUAGCUAUCUGGGGGAGAGACUUUCUCGAGAAAGAGAGUAAUUCGGGCCCGAAAUGGGCUGCCCUGGAUUUGUAAAGCAUUCAUCUGAAUGAAACAUGUUUGUAUUCCAUGUAAGAAGUGAAGAAACAAGUGAUAGUUUCUGUUUCCAGUAUAGUUUUUAUUUUUAACUACCCAGAAAGGAACAGACAGCCGUCCUUUAAAAGGAAAGCACUUUUUUAUGGCACGUGUUUGCUGGACAUACAAUAUAAAUACUUAUGUUGUCAGACUACACUACUUGGUGUUUUUCCAAUUUAGUUUCUUUACCUAUAAGUAUUUCAGCAUCUCUAAAAAAAAAAAAACCACCACCACAAUUUCCUGGAAGGUAACACAUAGGAAAAAUAGGAAAAUCAUAUGGUAACAUCAUUUUUUUUUUUAGUGUUAUUUUAAACCAGCGUAUGCCCCAGCAUACAGAAUAUUGUUGGCACUGGCUUUUUAAAGACAACUGCUGUAAUAAGAGGCCUUACUCUUCAUUUUAUUAAAUGCUAUAUAUACUUUUCCUUGCGUCAGCAAAUCUAGAGAUCUUUUCUUCUAACAAAAAAAAAAUCCUGGGAGGCAGACAGGAUUCAGCAGAAGCAAUCUGCUAGUGGCUGUUUUCAACAUGGAGGAGAAUUGCCCAGCUGGGACUGUCUGAUGUGCAGGGAAACGCACCUGUAGCAUCCCUGUGGCUCUGUGCUUGAGACAGCCUCUGGCUCUAAAUUCUCAGCCAGUAGAUACUGAAAGAUGGCAGCUACGUUUAUAUCCUCCCAACUCUGAUGGGAAAUGUGGAAAAGGCAUAUUAAUGUAUUAAAAACCAAACAAACAAAAAUACCCCGCCCCAGACCUGAGAGGGGCAAGUCUUGUACAUUAUUUAUAGGUUCACAUAUUAUGUUGGGAUUGGCAAUAGCGCUGACCUUGCAGAAAGGAGAGAGAUGAAUACUAUAAAAUCUCUGGAACCAUCUUGGGUUUUCUGACUGCUAUCUUCAGAUUAAGCAAUUAGUUAGAUAUAUUUUUGGAAGUAUUAGAAAUAGGCUGUUUCUGUUGUGAAAUGCAUAGGUAAGUAGGUUUCAAACACUUUCCUUCCAAGGUUUUAAAAGAUUGGUUAAUUGUCUUCAUUUUUAAAUUUGUUAAAUGGUAAAACACCCUAUCCAGAGCUUGACUGUGAUCCCCAUCCCUGCAAUGAAGAUGUGUGAAAACUACCCGAUAGCUCACUGUGGUUUUAAUGUGUUUUGGGACAGAAGCACGACAGCAGUAAAGUCAGGGAAGUUUGAGAAGCACAGAAAAGUUUAUUUAUUUAAGAAAAAAAAAAACCCACAACACAAAAAACCCCCAUACCUAUGGAAAAUUCCGUACAGCUCCUGCAUGCCUUCCUGGGAGCCUGCACGGGGGUGGAUCUUACAGUGCUCUCGGGGUUUGAUCACAAACUCGGGCCAGGGUUGCAUUCUCACUUCUUGUGUCCAGCACUUCUGUAAAUAUGUGUGUGUUUAUUCUCCACCUUUGGCUACUGGUUGGCUGACUAGUGCUACACACAAAUGAACACGAGUAUUUUUUUAGCUGUUUGUGCUGAGUUUCUUUGAGGCCAAAGGCCUGUACUUCAGCAGGUCUUUCAGUCAGUCUCCCCCGCCAUGUACUGCCACCAAAAAUGAAGCACAUUCCAGUCACCACAAGAAGGGAAAUAAGUACCUCUCCUGUCCUCUAGUUGUAGGAAAUGUCACCAUACCCUAAUGUCUGUACGGCAGUUAUUUCCAGUAUUUAGUCAUUGGUGUGGCUACUGAAUAUUCCUCACACUGAGCAUGUAAAUACAUGUUUCUUAGUCUAUUCGUGAGCAAAUCCAGUGAGCAAAGAGCCAGAGCUCUGUAACACCUACCAAUAAAGACAGGAGCCAGUAUUUCUUUGCUUGACAUCCAGGGCAUGCACGCUAAUGCCAGCUUUGCCUUGCUAAACGUUAUCUGGUUCGGGGUCCACAUGCCUUCCCAGUGGACUGUUGUUCAUUCAUGUGCAGAUGUGCAGUGACUUAAUGAUGGGUGAUGGGGCAAGCUGAUUGAAGACUCAUAAGUGUCCAACUUUUCUUUAUUCCCACCCCCCCACCCCCACCCCCGGUAAAUAACUUUAAUUUUAGCCCCCAGUUUUCAGGAAGCAGGCAAAGGACAACCUUUUGUGUUUCAACAGAAACCAUUUGGGGUUUCUUCAAGUGAUUUGCAAUUUGGGGAUCUUUAAAACUUCUCUUUGCUUGUGUCUGUCCUUGAGCUGACAGGGUAAUUUCUUUUUCUGGCUGAAGCUUGCGGAAUCUUGCUUACACAUCCUCUCUUUGGAUGCAGUUUAGAGCCAAUUGCCAUAAUCCUAGGCAUGCAUCAUGUGUACAAACCAUCACUGGCCUGAGGCCUACCAAUGGUUAUGUGCAGACUGAAGAGCACCCAUGAAGAGCAUGUAAGCAUCCCUCCUUCUCUUUCCUAUAAUACAACCUUUGGUUGACAACAGCCAUCUCAAAAGGAAAAAAAAAUUGUAUUAUAGGAAAGAGAAGGAGGGAUGCUUACAUGCUCUUCAUGGGUGCUCUUCAGUCUGCCAUGUGGGUAGCAGCCUACAAACUUUGUUCUCGCUACUUAGCAAAUCUCCCAAGGAAAAGCUUGCUUUCUGCUAGAAUCUGACCCUGACUGAGGAAACGGGGGCAAUAUCAUUAGCUAAAGUUGAUAAUAUGGAAAAUUGCGAAUUGUGCUAAUAACCUGUGAGCACAGUGGCUUUGCACUGGACAGUUUCCCAGCCAGCCACACAUCAGCUUCAGCAUCUGUGUGCCAGGUGCCUCCUGCUCUCACUGAGUGGCACCAUGUUCACAGCUGCUUGGGCAUCAUGCUCAGUUCCUGCAAGGCUUGCUAGCAAGGCUUGCCUUACCCAGCUUACGUACAAAGCCAAAAGGACUGCGGUUGGGCGCAAUGGCCUGAGUUGGCAGUUGUGAAGGCAAGUCAGAAGAGAUGCUGGGCACGCGUGUACAUGCCUUUGAAUCACAACUCUGAUAUCAGUUACGGGUUUACACAUGCCAUAAUAGGGUCUAACCCCAGGAUCCCGCUGAUUAAUGUAAGGUCCGAGUGGUUUCCAAUUCCUCUGUUAUUAGUUCUUAGGUGACAGCUCAAGGUGGGUGCCUCCAGAGAGGGACCCCUACCCCAGUUCGUGCCUCUCAGUUACCAUCACCCAAUCCCCAAAUCCUGUCACUUGAUUCUGGUUGGUGGUCUCUUGAUUUCUUAUGGGUUUUCACGGUUGCUGGGCUGGCCACCUUUUGAAGUUACUUCAUUCUCUUGGAAUUGUCUCUUUGGUCCUUAUCUUCUUCAUUCUGCUUGUAUCUGGCAAGAAAGGCCCUGGGGGGUGCUGGCUGACAGGUGGCUGAACAUGAGCCAGCAGUGUGCCCAGGUGGCCAAGGAGGCCAACAGCACCUGGGCUUGUGUCAGCACUGGUGUGGCCAGCAGGAGCCGGGCAGGGAUGGGGCCCCUGUGCUCGGCACUGGGGAGGCCCCACCUCGAGUGCUGGGCUCAGGUUUGGGCCCCUCAGGACAAGAAGGACCUUGAGGUGCUGGAGCGUGUCCAGAGAAGGGCAGCAGAGCUGGGGCAGGGUCUGGAGCACAAGUGUGCUGGUGGGCAGCUGAGGGAGCUGGGGGGGUUUAGCCUGGAGAAGAGGAGGCUGAGGGGAGCCCUUCUCGCUCUCUGCAGCUGCCUGAGAGGGGCUGGAGUGAGGGCGGUUGGUCUCUGCUCCCAGGUCACCAGUGACAGGAUGAGCGGAAACAGCCUCAAGCUGCGUCAGGGGAGGUUUAGAUUGGAUAGUAGGAAAAACGUCUUCAGCAAAAGGGUUGUCAACCAUUGGCACAGGCUGCCCAGGGCAGUGGUGGAGUCUCUAUCCCUGGAGGUAUUUAAAGGAUGUGCAGGCGUGGUGCUCAGGGACAUCGUUUAGUGGUGGACUUGGCGGUGUUAGGUUUACAAUUGGACUUGAUCUUAACGGUCUUUCCAACCUAAACGAUUCUGUGAUUCUGUCUGCCAGAUUCGGCUAGUUCUGUGUUAGCAGGAUUAGCUUUAUCAAAAAGUUUACUCUUGGUCAACUCUUGUGGCCUAAGGCUUCAGCUACUUUAGCUACUAAUGCGAAGCUGGCUAAUGCUAAACGUGAUUUCUCAGAGAGAAUACAGUUAAUCAAAUUUCUUCUGUAACACUGAGGGAGGAAGUAUAUGAACUGAGAACAUAAGUAUUGUUCGUGUGUCACCACUUUUGUCCUGCCCUCCUUUCAAGGGCCUGAAACGAGUUUGCCUAAUGAGGGAAAUGAAGCAGUGCGUUACCUCUCGCAGGUCUUGCUCUUUCCAGUCUCUAUGCUUGACUGAUUUUGUCCUUCUUUCUGUGCCCUCUGUGUUUCCUGUGCUUGGUGGCUGCUAACAAAGACAUAACUGGCUCAGAUGAAAUGCUUGAGAUCCUCAUUUCACUGCCUUUGGAACUGCCUUUUACAGCAGCCUUUUGACUCUAAGCUUGGUCUGGAGUGAGAGUUACCACCUCCAUUUCGUGCAUAAGCCCCAGGAGCCCGGGGCCUGUCAUCUGAAGUCCCAGAUGCCUCAGGCCAGUGUGAUGCUAUUGCAAACAAGAGGGAACAGUGGCAGGUUGUUGUUUCUCAAGUCAGAUCCUUGUGCUGCCUCAUGUUGUGUGUGUCAUUUGUCCAGCCCAGCCAUAGAAUUAGGGAUCAGAUACAGGCACUGCUGCUGCUCCCACUGAAGGCAGUGAGGAGUUGGAUGUUGGCUUCAGUGUCAGCAACACUGGCUGCUUAAUAAGCAGGUGCCGAUAAUGCCCCAGGUACCAGGGGCCAGAGGUGUCCCUCGGCUGACUGGGUGGGAGCUGCCCGUUGGUCUUAUUCUCCAUCAUGCAAAGCUGCCCAGGUCAGAAGUGGGUCAAUGUAGCAAACACGAAGCAUGCAAGUCUCUUGCAUCCAUCUCUGCUGAGAUUUUUGACCUUUGAGCUUAAGGUGCACAAAGGCAAUUGCUUUUCGUCACGCUGUUUAUAUUAGUGUUAAGCAAUGCUGCUAAAUCAGUCUUUAGCACAGCAACAGGGGGAAAAAAGCCUCUCAGCUCUUCAGGUACGACUCUCAUAAGCUGCCGGUAUCUGCCUUAGCAGGCAAGCAAGCAGAAGGGGAGCUGCUCUAGGUGGGAACUAGAAGCAAAAGCCUGCACGCACCGUAGCCCCCAGUGACGAGAACACCGCCUCCUUGGGCAGAGCCCAGAUUCAAGGAGGGGAAUAAUAACUGGGAGUUAUUCUGGUGCACUGCUGCUACGUCUGCACUGCAGGUGCUGCGUGUGCAGACAUAUGGUUCGGGAAGAUCCACAAAAGGAUUCUGCAACUCUUGACUGGAUCAGGAUGUAACCAAUGCUAAACUCCAGUUUAGUCCGAAGCAACCAGUUUACACCUACGCUGGUGUCUGCUAGAUUUUUUUUUUUUUUCCUUCAGGGUAUCCUGACAAAAGGAAACAGAGGAGGAGCCUACAUUUUCAUUGAUCUCAGAAAUGUAUCUCAUUUUGCUGUACAUUCCUUUUUUAGGACGUGUUAUCUGUUUAAAAAAAAGAAAAAAAGAAAAAAACAGAAAAAAGAAAUAUAAAAGAAAAACAAAACAAAUGUGUAGUGAAAAAUCUUCUGUAACUUUGGAUUAAGAGGUAACUGAUCUUUUUAAAAAGAGAACUAAGUUAUUUACUUUGUAAAUGUGCUGAUGGCAUGGAUCCAUCUUACUGACCUCAGCAUCCUUUUUUUUUUUAAGAUUUUGGGUUUUGUUUCCAAUAUUAAGUUAUUUUAAAUUGUGGUUGAAGCAAUAGAAAAUUGAAAUAUGGAUUGUGCAUGACUGUGUCUUGAGUGUAAAAAUAUUGCAGUUUGAAACUUGGACCUAAAGUAUUGCAAAUAAAAGUUAUAAAUACCAA